CUUUGUACAGUACAGCCUGUACAGGAUACCUUCUACCUGGAAACUUUCUUCAGCAUGGCUGCUGAAUGCUGAUGCAGCAUCUGCAUUAAUUUCCUCGUGGCACUCUAACGACGUCGUCGAAGUGUGACUUCAGCCACAGGUUCAGAUGUCCAUUUUGUGGUGCUGUGUAUACAACCGGAAACGAUUUGCGGAAGUAUAGGGACUUCGUUGUGCAUUUUGUUGGUUGUCUUAUUCGCUAUGACUGUGGGCUGUAUGAUUUCUGAAUUGCUAAUCUAUAUUUCGUUAUGCAUAAUCCCAUAACGGUACGACUACAAAUCGGUGUGUUUAUACUUACGACUCUUUCCGUUGAACCUGUUACGUAUCCAAAGAUGCAGAUUACCGUCGUCUCUGUAAAUUUAUGGUAGUGUGCUGAAACGGUACGACCUUCACAGCGGCGGCAAACGAUGCGCACUGAUGAGCUCUGCGGCUUAAAUCCCUCCGGUUUCCAUGCACUACGAUCGCAUGAUCAAUCAUCACAAUUUUUAAUGUGCAACAUAUAUGUUUAUGCUUAUCAGCCGCAGCUCACGAUUCACCUAAUAUUCCGUAUCAACUGGCGAUACGUUGUUUCCUCGAUAGACGGCGUUUUUCUUUAACCGCAACAUAUCCCGAGCGCAUUGCAACGCCUUCGCAGUUUUUAUUCCGUUUAAACUGCGCCGUGUAUGUGCGUGUGUUUUAAGAACGUCAUGUUAAAUGUCUGUUUAUAAAUUUGGAUCUCUUGUGAGCCUAAUCAGAUAUACCGCCUUUCUUUGCCUUGUCCAUCAUUACACUUAGAGGCAUUAUUCUCGACAGUCCGCGUGGUUAAUCGCCGAUGCGGCGACUUUUUCUUCAUCAUCAUCGACAUCACUAGCCGAGAAAAUGAACGAACAAACCUCAGAUCCUCAUGUGGAUCUUCAUCGCAAGAUGAGUCUUAUCAGCAUGAUGGCUCCGCAUCCGGACCUCCUCUAUAAGGAAGCUGUAACAGCUCCUGGUGGAUUGUCCAAAGAGCAGCAUCCGAUCAUUGUGAUUCCGGAUAACUAUCGGCUUGGCUCGUUGACUGACGAUGAAAUUGCCUGUUUGUUCACAUAUUUUGCGAAGAUUCACACCCCCGCCGAACAGAAGAGGGGCUUCGUUGUCAUUGCGGAUCGUCGAAAUGAUACGUGGCCGGCAACCCGUAGCGCUUUAUUAAAAAUCAGAGAACAUUUUCCGGCACCGGUCGAGCAUCUCUAUUGUUUGGAGCCUAAUAGCCUUAUUCAAAAAACUAUCGGCGCUGGUUAUAAGCAGAUCAAUGGAUAUACCACGAAUGGUUAUCCGAUUAUCCGGUUCCUUCAGAAACCCGAAGACAUUCCCGAUUUGGGUCUAGUAUCCCUCGAUCAGCUACCGCCGUCAUUAGGCGGACCGCUGAUGUAUGAUCACAAAGUGUGGUGUGAACAUCGUUUGGCUGUGGAAAAAUAUGAGGCGAAUACAUGUGAACUGGAUGCGGAAUCUACCGAUCUAAUGGACACUAUGCGCAAUAGUGAACUCCCCAAUGAGCCGAAUGCCAUUGACGAAAUGAUAAAGGAUCAGUUGAUAUUGCGCAACCAUCUAAAAACUGACAUCAACGACGGCAUCAAACGCGGCAAUGCACUGCAGGAGUGUGUGCUGCAGUACGACAAUCGUACCGUUGUCAAUCUUGAGCAGAUACCUGACAGGAUGCGCAACAUUCUCAUCAUCCGUGAAUGCAUGGAGCGCUUAGCAUUUGUGGAAAAGCAGUUUGACCAGUUCUGGUCCGAUCACUAUCCGAUGCUGUUGCAGUGCCAGCAGCUGCGCCGAUUUGAGGUCAAGUUCAGACAGCUCUUCCCCACUUUGAGCGAUCGACUUAGAGCGCUCAAGAAAUUUCAUGACAAAAUUGAGCAGGCCAUUGAUGCGGUUAAGGCGGAUGAUCUUGAUGACAUAAUUAGUGAUAUUGAGGAUUUGAUACCGCAAGCCAAAGAUCUUUUGGAUAUGGGCCGACGUCUCAUUUCCAAACGGCACUAUGCCGAUGACUCUAUUAGGCCUAAAUGCCGAGAACUGGAAGAUACCAUUAACGAGCUGGAAACCAAGUCGAAGUUCUGUAAUGAGAAACUGCACCGUUGCACAGAAUUAGAGGAUCGGAUGACAAAGGCGGAAAAGUGGUGUCAUGAGGGAAUGGACCGGCUGAGCAGUCGUUGGCUACGACACCCCGAUGCGGCACCUGCUGACUUAGCCCGGGACAUUGAUCAGUUCCUAGCACAAUCCUCAGAUUUUAAAUUAGAUAACCCAAGGGAAUUCCAUAAUUAUUUCAAAACACACGCUACUCAAGAGAUGAAUAAUCGACUACCUGAGCUUCUUCGAGAAUUUGAAGAAGUCAAAGAACUGUGCCACAAUCGUCGAAACUCCCUCGUUCCUCAGGAGGUGGACGCCAGCGGAAGAGGAUCCCUUCAUUCGCAUUCGUCCUCCCGAGCAUCCACCGUUCGUGCCGGGUCAAGAUGAUCGUUGUGUUCCUCCCCCGACUCUGACUUUACACCCGAUCUUUCUGUGUUUUUUUCCCUUGUCGAAAAAGCUUUCUGUGAAAGUUCACCUACAUUGAAGGUUUACAUAUUUAUAUAAUACGAGAUGUUAAAAAAAUUUAUGAAAACGCAAUAAUUUUUGCUAAAUGCUUUCUUUUUCCCGGUCCAGUUCCGAGCCUUCAUGUUGUACGUAAUAUCAUGGAUGUAUUCUUGGAUAUUUAAUGUUUAUCAACUUUUAUUUAUUUGUCUUAGAAGGGAUUUUUAUUUUGAUCUAUGUUCCAACGUUUUGUCGCGAACUGUGGUGAUUUUUGUACAGCCGAAGCCAUUAAACUGUUUCACUGGCA